UUUAACAUAACAUUUGGUCUGUUAUCAGGGCGCUGUACAUUAACAUGACAUUUCAGCAAUUGCAACGCGUCAGCUUUUGAAACGCGAAUUAAUUUUUAACUCGUAUUUGUAAUGCAACCAAAUUAAAAACGCCCACGCCCACUAUGGAGAACUUGUACCAUCAAACGAACAACAACGUAAAGGAAAUCGAGCAAAGUUUUCAACGUUUGGGCCAAAUCGGUCAAACAAAUCCGGAGGAGACGCUUGACGUGGAAAAUGCCAUACAAAUGAAAAUUACUCAAGCCAAUUCCAACUGUGACCGGCUGGAUGUGCUGCUAUUCAAGGUGCCGCCGUCUCAGCGCCAGAGCUGGAAGUUGCGCGUGGACCAGUUGAAGUACGACUUGCGGCAUCUGCAAACCGCAUUGCAGCAUGCGCGGGAGCGGCGCCAGCGUAGACAGCAGGAAUUGUCGGAGCGGGAGCAGCUGUUGAAUCAUCGCUUUACGGCAAAUAGUGCGGCACCGGCGGAGACGUGUCUGCAGUUGGAUUAUGAGCUGCAACACCACACCCAACUGGGAAAUGCGCAUCGCGGCGUGGACGACAUGAUUGCCUCGGGGAGUGGCAUACUAGAUAGCUUGGUUUCGCAGCGUAUGACGCUGGGUGGAGCACACAAACGCAUACAGGCCAUUGGCAGCACACUGGGGCUAUCGAAUCAUACAAUGAAGCUCAUAGAGCGGCGGCUGGUCGAGGAUCGUCGCAUCUUCUGGGGCGGGGUGGUGGUGACACUAUUAGUCAUUGGACUGAUUGUUUACUUUCUAGUUUAGGGAAACGAAAUGCCUUUUUGUUUUUAAAUUAAAUGUAAUCAUUUUAAAUAAGG